GUGUUGCCCUGAAGCAUCCAUCCACUGGGACGCUGUGAACAUUUAUUCCCUUAAUGAAUCCUUUAUGAUCUCUUCUUUCAGUGAGAGUGAUGUGAAGCAGCUUUGGUUACAGCUGAGAAAAGACGAACCUCAUUUACUUUCCGAUUUUGAAGAGUUCUUGGUCAGAAUUUUUUCCCAGCUCCAAGAAGCAGAUAAUGAAAAGAAAGAGUUGGAAUGUGCUCUAAAAAAGAAAAUUGCUGCUUAUGAUGAAGAAAUCCAACAUCUCUAUGAGGAAAUGGAACAGCAAAUCAAAAAGGAGAAAGAGCAGUUUCUCUUGAAAGACACAGAGAGGUUUCAGUCCUACAGUCAAGAGCUGGAGUGCAAGCUCCUGUCAAAAGAACAAGAACUGGAACAAUUGGUUCAAAAACAGAAAAGGUUAGAGCAGCAAUGUACAGAACUUCUUAGUGGCAAAGAAGAAACUAAAGUAGAGAAUACCAAGCUGAAGCUGACGAACCAGGAGCUGCUGAGAGACCUGGAGAAAACAUCUCAUGAACUGAGCCUGGCUCAACAACAGUUACAGGUGCUUCACGAGGAGGCAUCAAGACUACAGGAGGAGAAGGAAAUGGAGGUAUACCGAGUGACAGAAACCUUACAGAGAGAGAAGUCAGGACUUCUGAAGCAGCUGGAUUUUUUAAGGGAGAGGAACAAACAUCUCAAAGAUGAACGUGACAUAUUUUUACAGAAGUGCAAAACAAGUGUCCCAAAAGCCAGCUGGAAGCAAAGAUCAGGAUCUAUCAUUGGGAAAUACAUAGAGGGCAAGAUGCUGCAUAACAGCCAUUCAUUUGAAGACGAUGAUGUUUUCAAUAACUCAAAGAGAAGGAAUUCUGCUGGACUGAAUGGAAUUCACUCUGUAGAGCCUGAUGCUGGAGCCACUGGGGGAAAGUCCAAAGCAUCACAGCUCCAAAGAAUAAUUUCAAUCGAGGAAGAUCACCUACCCCAGCUUCUUGACAGCUCAGUUGAUAAGGAACUGAACAGAUGGACUGGAGAAGAUGAGAACACUUCUUCUGAGAUGGAAAUGGAUAAGAAAAACACAGAACGAUCAAUGGAACACUCACCAUUGUCUUCUAGAGAGCAGCCUGUAGGGAAGGAAACACACUCAAAU